AUGAGCUGGAAGGAUCCGUUUAUAACCCUCACCUUCCCGAGCAAAGUCAUCUUCACUAUUGGCUCCAUCAUCCUGCUUCUUAUUCACUUGGGUGUUAUAAUUGCCGACCUAUAUCACUUCCUCAUCUCCCAAAGGGGGGAUCUCAUGAGCUUCCGUUUUACUGUACUGCUAUUGUUCUCACACGUGACCAGCUUCUACUGGGCACAGCUGGCAACAGUCUACACCUUACAUGCAGAGGACAAUGUGCUGAUGUGGUUUGCCUUGACAUCUCUCGCCAUGAAUUUUGCCCUCUUCCUUGCCCGUUUCUGCAUGGACUACGUUACCAUCGAUUACAGAGAGGAGCAGUACUGA